AUGUUAAAUAAGGGCUUUUAUAAAAUUUUACGCUUCCGUUAUAUCACGGAAGGGGGCGAUGAUCAAACAUUUCUGUUUCAGAUUUCGCGUCGGGCGAUGGCGGAGGAAGGACCGAAUGGAGCUGGAGAGCAGCCAAAGGCGGCUGUCCACAUCGUACAUGUCCUACGGGAGGAUGGCAUCGAUCCCGAGGCCCAUCAUGUCAGGACCCUUGCUUCCGUCCUCGGCAGGUUCCUUCGUGUUUCGACGAUCUUCCUCUUCCAACCCCAAAUGAUCCAUUCAUCCUGUUCCGUUCCGUUCCCGAGUUUCGUGGCCUUUUAUCCUAAUUUUGUUCCCUUUUUUUCUUUGUCUCUCAUUUUUAUACGUUUGCAGUGAGGAAGCGGCGAGGGCGGCCCUGGUAUACAGCUACAAGACGGCAGUUAGUGGUUUCUCUGCGAAACUCACUCCUCAACAGGUCGAUGAGAUAUCGAGUAUGUUUCCUCGUGUCUAUUAUCCUUCUUCUCUUCUUUGUGUCCGGUUUUUAUCUCUCCCGGUGAACAGGGUCAUUCUCUUGUUUGAAUAAUCAGUGGAAUAGUCAUUUCCUCCGAAUUUCUCGCUUUUUCGUGUUUUCUAAUCCUUUUCCCCAUUUGUAUUAGUGCAAAUACUUAUCCAUAUUGAUAUAUAACCUUAGGGACAUAUUUACCAAUGAUUGGCAAUUGUGAAGACGAGAAUGUUGGUUUUCCUUAUUUGACGAUUUUCGACAUUGCUAAAUUAUGGAUUAAGUUUUAGAGAGCCUCUCUGGUGCCAAAUCUUAUGAGACAGUGUUGCAAAGUGGGAAACAUAACCUGCCACAUUAUCCUGGCAGUUGAGGGGGUUUCUUCUGCCAGUGAUAUUUUAAUUUACAUUAAAAAUAUCAACUGAUUAGUUGAUGUUUGUUUUGGAAAUAUGAACGAAGAUCCGUGAAUACUGAUCAAACACGACGCCUAGAAACAAAGGAAUAGACGGUGGGUUCCUUAUGUAACUUCAAGAUUGGAUUAUGUUUUCGGCUGAGGAUCUAAGGUUAUGAGCAUAGUCAUUGGCCGUGAGAGACAGGCCACAGUGAGAGAAGAUGGGUUAUCAGGAGUUGAGUUCCUUCUGUCAUAUUUUUUGUGGUAAUGGUUGUGAUCUAGGCCUUGAUGGGACUGCUUCCAUACUAGUCGGGUUCAGCACCAUCCGAUCCAAAUCUACCUCUGGAGUGUCUCAGAGAAAAUCAUAAAAUUCUCUCUUACUUUACUAUUUAUGGGUCGAAUCGUUAUGAAAUCCGGGAUGUGCCGAUUUUCUGGCUGGUCUAAGCUGAUCCUACUCAGGUUGGAUAAUUUAAAGCACCACUUCUGCCCUAAAAAAAUUAGAAUAUGAUGGUGUGGAUCUCUGGGGGAUGGUAGCUGAUAGGAAGGAAGUAAUAAGAGUUUGGAAUAUGAGGAUUAAGAAUAAGAGUUGAAAUUUUUUUCUUCUAAAAAAUUUCUAGCUGCCUGCUGCCAUCGUCCAAGUUUUUCCACAUCAAAUGCAAUGCGCACUAAACUCAUGGAAGGAGCCAAGAAUUUUAACUGUUUCUAGGUCAUACCCUCGCAUUUGA